AUGGCCUGGGGAAAGAAAGCCGAGGCACCACGCCCCUCGACCCUGAGCCAGGUUUUGCCUCUGAUCAUCCUCCUUGUCAUUCUCGCUGGCGCCGCCUUCGUCGGCUACCAGAUCUGGGUAGCCGCCACCAAGGUCGAGCAGCAGGCGCGCGACCGGAUGGCCAAGAAGAACGUUGUCUUCACCAAGGACGGCAUGCGCGUCGGCGUCAAGCACGUCGAGCAGGAGCGCUACGUCGACGCCACCCAGGGCUGGUUCGUCAAGGCCUGGAACAUGGGCAGCCAGGUCCCGGCCGCCGUGACCAAGCGGAAAUAG